GCUUCCUGGAGGUGCCAGAGGAGCAGACUGUGACCCAUGGGGCCCUCGGUGCUGCCAGCCUGGCUGCAGCCCAGGUAUAGGAAGAAUGUGUAUCUUUUCAUCUAUUACUUAAUUCAGUUCUGUGGCCACUCGUGGAUACUGGCAAAUAUGACAGUCCGAUUCUUCUCAUUUGGGAAAGAUUCAAUGGCCGACACGUUUUACGCUAUUGGGUUAGUUAUGCGGGUUUGCCAAUCCAUUUCCCUUUUGGAGCUUCUGCACAUUUACAUUGGCAUUGAGUCGAAUCAGCUUUUCCCACGGUUUUUGCAGCUCACAGAGAGAGUGAUCAUCCUUUUCGGGGUGAUCACCAGUCAAGAGGAGGUCCAAGAGAAAUAUGUAGUGUGUGUUUUAUUCCUCCUUUGGAAUCUACUGGAUAUGGUAAGGUACACUUACAGCAUGCUGUCAGUCAUAGGGACAUCUUAUGCUGUCUUGACAUGGCUCAGUCAAACAAUCUGGAUGCCAAUUUACCCUCUGUGUGUUCUUGUCGAAGCAUUCACCAUCUAUCAGUCACUGCCUUAUUUUGAGUCAUUUGGCACAAACUCCACCGUGCUUCCGUUUGACAUAUCCACCUAUUUCCCUUAUAUGCUGAAGCUGUAUCUCAUGAUGCUCUUCAUAGGUAUGUAUUUCACCUACAGCCAUCUUUAUACAGAAAGAAAAGACAUCCUCCGAGUUUUUUCUGUCAAACAGAAGAACAUGUGAUACCUCAUGUGUUGCACAGGAGGAAACACCAGGUUUGAGAAGAAACUGGACUGAAAAGACAUAAAAAAUCUGAAAUAUGAAGUCUACGCAGAUUCUCUCAUUCCUUGGGCAUCAGCAAAUGUUUGGUUGCUGAUUCACAAUGAGAAAAUGUCUUCAGCGCCCACUUCCUCUUCACUAAUCAUUGUCUCCUGUGUUUCUAAGGUACUCUGGAACCCAGAGCACUUUAAUGCAUGCGGAAAAACCUGGUCUGUUACACUGCUCUCAGGCUUCCCUGUACCAAAGGCCUGGUGUUUUUCUUAGCAGAUGUGCACCUUAAAGUGGGAGCCAAGAUGUCUGGUGCAGUAGAAAUAGGUAUUUUUGCUCCAUUUUAAAGCCGAAAGCAAUGUUCCCCAUGGUACUGUUGCAAGACUCCAGACAAACUAAGAAAAAUGAAACGUCUAGUGUUUUCACAAUCUGGUACCCAACAGUAAAUGCUAGAUGACUUUCAGUCUCCAGUUGGUAGGCCAUACACAGCAAUACACUGGGAAGGAGAAGACAAGCUGGUAUACACUGCGCCUACCUUCCUCUUUUCUCUUGGCUUAAACUAUCUCCUCGUAGUCCAAUCUGUGAAGGAAUUAUAUAUUUGGAAACUAGAACCAGUAGUGCUGCUGUAACUCGGUACCCUUUGGGGCAACAAGUAGAUACAUGCCACCCGUGAGUGUCAGCAGUCCUAUGGUGUCUGUGAAAGGCCAGGCACUUGUCUUUGUGUGGCAGACACAAAUGUGCUUCACUUCAGUGCCAUGACUUUCCUUCCUAAUGAUCCCCUGUCUGUGUAUUUAGAUGAUUGGUUGAAGACUGGGCCCCAGUCGAAGUCACAAUAAUUAACAAGCAUCAAAAUUAUAAUGCUGCUUGAGUCUCUAGCCACUGCCAGAGCUGAAACCAUGAUACUGUCUUUAGACCACUAAUACUUUAAGUCUUUAGGUCACUAAUAUUCUGGUGAAGAGGUUUCCAGUCUUAUAAAAAGAUUGAUCUUCUGAGGAGAUAUUUAUCCCUUUUUGCUGAUCUAGUAUCUUAUCAUCUUUCUCCCAGGGAAACCCAGUUCAAGUCUGCUUGGGGCUACCUCCUCUGUGUCCAGGACUCAGGCCUAACCACUAAGUUUAUCCCACCUGUUAGGGACCAAAUACUUGUUAAAAGACCUACAUGUAUUCCUAGAGUCUGCCCAGGAUUGAUUCUGCCAUGCCUGUGUGGAGAAGAACUGUUGUUUUUAUUAUUAUUAUUAGAUAUUUUCUUCAUUUACAUUUCAAAUGCUCUCCUGAAAGAACUGUUCUUUACUCUUGGAAAUGAUAGCUGGCAGCCAUUUUGCUAAGUAGGAGGCAUGCUCUCCAGAGAAAGAGACCACAGCAUCAGAGGAUUCAUCAGACCAACCUUUGAAUUUCUUGGUUUGUGAACUAAUAGUCUCCUUUGUGGCCACUAACGCUGUGAACUGGAUAACUUUCACUUGCACUCAUGAC